UCCCAGUCUAUUUCUCUGCAAUACCUGUUAUCUGGCCGGAGUCAUAGAACAAAAUCUCCUUUCCUUUAAUUCUUGCUGCCUCGCCGGAAAAGUGAAGAAAAGUUCCGAGUCUUAUUGGAAUCGCCGCCGCGUACACGCUCGACCACCACGAUUUCGCCGCAAAUCAAGGAAUCGCGUCGCGGACUUUAAUAAUCUUAACUAUCUCGCAGACUAGCACUUUCUGCUCUGUUCCUAAACACAUGGAUACUGGUGCCAUUGGAGAUCUGGUUGACAAGCUCAAGGCUAUGCAGAAUGACAAUGUAGAAGAUCAAGAUGAAUAUGAUGAUGUUGACGACGAUGAUGAAGAAGAAGAACAUGAACCCAUCACACUUGGCUUUGUUGACAAGCCAAAGAAUAAAUGGUCUCUUCAACGUCAAUAUUUCCCAAGCAAAGCUGGAGGAGUCCCUGCUUGGCUUGACCCUUUGAAUAUACCAUCACGGGGAUCAUUUGUGUGUGACAUUUGUGGAGACCCUUUACAAUUCUUACUUCAGGUUUAUGCACCAACGGAGCAGGAAACAGCAUUUCACCGAAUGUUGUAUGUUUUUAUGUGUCCCUCUAUGAAAUGCCUCCUCAGGGAUCAACAUGAGCAAUGGAAGCACCAUCCAGAGAAGCCAUCUAGAAGUGUGAAGGUCUUCCGUUGUCAAUUACAACGUGUUAAUCCAUUUUAUUCUCAAGAAUGCCCUCAGUAUAAUGAGAGUCACAAACCUGCUGGCUGUGGAGCUGUUCUUUGUGAUUGGUGUGGCACUUGGAAGGGAGACAAGCUCUGUAGUAGCUGCAGACAGACACGGUAUUGCUCUGAGAAGCACCAGGCUAUGAGUUGGCGCGCAGGACAUAAAAUUGCUUGCUCUCAGAUACAAAUUUCUUCGCCUGUUUCUGGAUCCAACAAAAGUGGAGCAACCUUGCUCGAGUCACAUAAAGGUGGAAGCAAGAAUCUGUGGCCUGAAUUUGAAAUCACCAUUGAAGAUGAAAGUGAAUAUAAUAGAGACAUGUCUGAGGAAAAUAAGCUGUCUAAUUCCUUGAUCUUAAGGAACAGGACGGAUGACACAAUGAAUUCGAUUUUUGAUAGCUUUCAGGGUGACGCUGACAAAAAGAGUUGGGCCUCCUUCCAGGAAUGCAUCGACAAGGCCCCUGAACAAGUGCUAAGGUAUUAUAGGAAUACUAAUGCGAAGCCAAUGUGGCCUCUUUCAAGUGGUCGGCCAUCAAAUGCUGAUAUCCCUGGAUGUAGUUACUGCAACGGACCUAUGUGUUGUGAAUUUCAGAUUUUGCCACAGCUGCUUUAUUACUUCGGUGUUGACAAUGAAGUGGACUCUCUGGAUUGGGCUUCAAUUGUGGUGUAUGCAUGUGAAGCCUCUUGCAAUGCAAGUUUGCCUUACAAACAUGAAUUUGCCUGGGUUCAAAUUCAUUCACCUUCCACAGCCUUGUAGGGAAAUAACAGGGAAGUGUCUUGUUUUAGUUAUUUUUUAAAAUUUUGGGCCCAGAAGUUUGAAGUAAUACUUCAACCAUCGAUUUUGAGGAUUGAGUGUUGAUUUUGUAAUUUACUUACAUAGGUUUUUUUGUGUCCUUGCUACAAUCAAUUUUGAUACGAUAUGUAGACUGCUAAUUCAUUCAGUUAAACUUUAGGUAUAACACUAAAGUAAUUGUAUAGAAAGUUAUUUGUUUUCAAUUUGAUAAUUCAUGAUUUGAGUU